CCAUAGCCAAUUUCUUCCACCUUAAAACUCCCUUUCUUCUCCUCAAUUCUCAGCUCUCUUUUCUCCCUAAUCUCUCUCUCUUUCUCUCUAAGGAUUUCUGAUUUUUUGAUUUUGAGGAUGGCUCAGAAGACGGGGAAAGAGGAGACGGAGUUCAAGGUAGUACCUGAGACGAUAACGCUUUGCGUCAACAACUGCGGCGUUACCGGGAAUCCGGCGACGAAUAACAUGUGCCAGAAAUGUUUCAGCGCCUCCACCGCCGCCGUCGGCUCUUCCUCCGCCGCGAUCCACCACAAAUUCGGCGAGAAACAGCCUAGAUCUGGCUUCAGGAGGUUGUCGCCGGAGAGGACGAGUCCGGAUCUAAAGAGGCGAGAGGAUCGGACGGUUGCGAUUGGAGAGAAAUCUGUCGAGGAGGAGGAGGAGAAUCGGUCGCCUCCUGCUAAGAGAGAGGUGAAUCGGUGCUCCGGCUGCCGGAGGAAGGUCGGAUUGACGGGAUUCCGGUGCCGAUGUGGCGAGCUCUUCUGCGGCGAGCACCGGUAUUCCGAUCGACACGACUGCAGCUACGACUACAAAGCCGCCGGCCGAGACGCGAUCGCCAGGGAGAAUCCGGUCGUGAAGGCCGCAAAAAUCGUUAAGGUUUGAACGUGACGAGAGACGUAUAAAAUACGCCAAAACGGAAAAGGAUCUCUUCGAUCUCUGCAGCUCAUAUGAAAACAAAAAAAUCGGAUAAUAGAUGGUCGAAGAAAGCUUCGCUACGAUUAAUAUUUGUUUUCUGAUUUGAUCUUAAAGAUUGUAGCUUUACGAUUCCUAAUUAGAAUUUCAUAGAUUUUGAUCUGUUGUUAAUGAAUUCUCAUCCCCUUCCAAACC